AUACGUGUUUAUUAUUACUCUUGUGUAAGUUUCUCUUUUUUUAGAGCAUGAUAUUUUGAAAACACAAUAAUAAUGUAUUUUAUUAUACCUACAGGAAGCUUGAAAUCGUUGGAAAAACAGUUGGCAUUACUGGAAGGGCUUGUUUCACCCUUACGUCCGGAACGUACCCUUGAAGAGAUUCGGAAAAAUUUUAAAAGUUCGGUCAAAAGAACUUUGGAAGAUGACUUUAAUGAUUUUGGUGCUGAGCAAUCCAGAAUUUCAGAAUUAUCAGAAAAGAGGAAGAAGAAAAAAAAUUUCACCGCUGGUGAACAAGAUGAGAUCCAGAAUCAACCAAGGGAUAACGGUGAAAAUAGCGAUGCUAUUGAAGAUCCAGAGACUCAUGAGAUUGAAGAAGAACCUCCAAUUGCUCAUGAAGAUUUCAUUUCGAAUGAACAGAUCCAUCAGGAUAAUCAAUCCAUCAAGCAAGUGUUGAAGGACUUGGUUUCUGAAAUUCGAACGAUUAAAGAAUCACAGACUCAGAUACUUCAACGCCAACUCGGAAAUCAAAAUCUUCAGCCGGAACUCAAUGCUCAAGUAGAAAUCGGUCAUCCUGGUUCGAAUGUGUUUGUUCGACGCAACCAAUGGGAUACAGCAGAUAGUAGGGACACGUUUCAAAGUAUGGGUGUAAGUCUGGUGAAGGCUUUGUAUGAAGAAGAUGUCUUGUUGCGAAGCAAUCUUAAAGGAGGGGCGAGCAAGAUCGACAAAAAUGCACCCCAACGUCCAGGCUUAGACAAAAACAUUUUGGCUGCAAUUAAAGAAGCUGUAAAACAAAAGUUUCCUGCCGAAUUCAAGCAGUCAUUAUUUGGAAUGGCUAUCAACAACAUGAUGACUGAUAUGCGAAAGAAAACCCAGGCUGCUGCUGACAUUCAGAAUCAAGAAGGAGCCAAUUAACAUUUUGGAAAAAUUUUCGGUUUCCGUUUGAUUGUUUGUGUUCACAAAAAUAUUAAAUAUAAUAAAAUGUUUUUUUUCUUGGAAUUUCUAAUGUUGACGAAA